AUGUCGUUACGAGAGCGCAUGCGUUUCGUGCAAACGUACAAAACGAUUACCACGCGUGAUCCUUAUAAAUCCCGUUAUAAUGAGCUGGUCUUUGAUCAUCCCAAGUUAUCCAGUCAUAUCCACACGUUGGAGCAGUUCUUGCCCUGGCAUCGUCACAUGUUGAGGAACUUUGAAAAGUUAAUGCAAGAGGUUGAUCCAGCGGUUACUCUACCUUACUGGGAUUGGAGCCUCAAUCAUCUCUCACCAUGGAGGACUUCUAUCUUAGAUAUUUGGAGUGCGCAGCCUUGGGGUCUGGGAGGAAAUGGUGAUGACGUCACCAGAUGCGUCACCAAUGGACCGUUCUCCGUCAAACAAUGGAGCAUUGUAACAGCUGGUGGGGGUCAUACAUGUCUAAAGAGGAGGUUUAAUGGUAUUACUCCCGGGAUUAUGACCAUCCAUCGUGCUUUGCGGUUUGAGCCCGCAAACUUUACACAGUUCGAAGAUUACGUGCGUAAUUUUCUUCAUGAUGUUAUACAUUGGAGGAUAGGAGGAACGAUGGGGGAUGAGUACGGUAGCCGAGCUCCAGAGUUCAUGUUGCAUCACGGAUUUUUGGAUAAAAUUUGGUCUGAUUACCAGCAACAAAGCGACGAACAUAAAUGGACUUUCUUCAAGAAUUCCAAUUAUAAUAUAUUCAAAACAAAUAUUUCUGUUCUUGAUGUCGUGGAUAAUACAGAUAUAUUAGGGGAUAGCGUAUGUUAUAAUGAUCCUUUUGAGGAUUAUAAGGACAUCCAUAGAACCUUACGAAAAUACAACCUGAAUACAAUAAGAGGUCUUAUGUCAAGGGAAGCAUUUACUGCGCCUUACUUUGAACAUUAUAUAGAAUAUUAAUAUGAUGUGUGACUUGAAAAUAUUAAAGUACAGGUUAAUAUUAAUCAAACAAUGCGCAGGGAUUCAGAAUGGAAUCUUGUUUAUAAAGUGAA